GCGUAACAAACUCCAUCUGCAUAACAAUGACCACCAGGGAAUCAGUAUGUACAGCCUUCAGUCACUAACAUCUUUGAGGUCGCAGUCACAACAGUCAUUAUUCCCCACACCACCUCAAUCUGAGCUAGCUGUCACCUGUCAGGACAUCACCCCGGAUGUCACCCCACAACGGCAAUUGCACGGGGCUGCCGUGACAUCCAUGAACAAACCACUGCUGGAUAUUGUGAGACAAUCGAUCUUAUGUUCCGGUUGCAAUAACACCUUCAACAGGGCCGUGAUCUGUCAUGACUACUUGAUUCAGCUCAACAGACCUAUCCAAUGCGCGUGCGGCUGUGUACUUUGCACACUCUGUUAUCGUGGUCAAGGAGGGUGCCACUUUCACAAGGUAUCAUCCAAACGAGGCCUUGUCAACGCAACAGUCAACACCCUAGCCAGUUGCCCUGAUCUGGAGAGUCUAGGAGUCUGGGAUCUCGAACUCGAUAUCCAUGACCGUUUCAAGACUUAUGAAGAAGCCAACGGACAUGUGCUGAAGAUGUUGUGUGAGGCGCAAGCCCCUGAUCUGGUGCAGUUGCGAACCGCAUUCGAACAUCUCCUCACCGCUAAGGACAGUAUGUCCUUCAAGUACUGGGUAAACGAAGCUAUGCCAGACGAUUUAGCCUACCGAUAUGUCUGCAUCCCACAUGUACCGGGCUUCUGGGAUCACGUUCUCGUGGGAACCUGUCAGCCUCCCAAUACAGAGAAGAUGAUCGGUCCUGAUGAUCACCUGCCGAAAUUGUUCAAUGUGUUCCUUGGCUCAUAUAGAUUUCACUGGUGCUGUUUUGUGUACAAGAAACAGAUCAUCUUGGCUAUGUGGUACACGUGUGUGUCCAGCAGAGGGCAACAUACAGUGGUUCCAGUUGUUGACACCUCAGUGAGAGACAUUACCACAACCAUGGCGUUUAGAAGGAUGGUAUUUUAUCUAUCUAGGUGGUUUACAGCGCAAUACGUGUCACCAACAGAGAGGCAGCUCAAUGUGGUAUUGGAUUGCAAACCUUCUGAGGGGUCUACUUUGGUCCAUAUCAUAGCUCUCUUGGCAUCUAGGAGUGGGAUGAACACAGUAAACCUUCAACUCUCCCAGCAGCGUCCCAAAAAUGAUAUGAACUACGGGUUUAGCCUCCUCAAUGCCAACACAUUGUUCACUUGCCCUGCUGAUGGCAAUGUAGUAGGGACUCCCAUCAACAUUGUUGACGAGUUUAACUACUACCACAACAACAGUGGGGAUAAUGGUAUUGGUCUGACACGUAUAUGUACUACCACAGAACAUUACAGUUUCAUUUAAAUGGUAGCAUGGAAAUGGUAGCGACACUGUGCGUGUACAUUGUACAAUGUAUAUCAGUA